AAUUUCCUAUUUUCUUCUUCUUCUUCAUCUUUCUCUCCCUCCCCUCGAUCGAGAAGUAAUAAAUGGAGGAGAAAAAAAAAGUCUUUAGGAAAAAAAUGGAGGUUCUGUGAAAAACCCAUCACAUUCCUCUCUUUUUUUGCUUUGGAAGGGGAGAGACAAAACUGCAUCUCUUCUACUCGAUUCUACCUGAUUGUUUUUUAUCGAUCUGAUCUGAUCGAAUUUGCAUUCGGAUUCCAUUCCGUUUUUGUUCGUUUUAUAUUUGGAUUCAUUUCCUGAUUUAUUCUUACCGGAGAAUUUCCCGGUCAUAGCUUGAUCGUAGGCUGUUUUGAGGGAGGAAGUCUGUAAUUGCGCAUUGUAUCUGAUUGUUAAAGGUUCCUUUGACUGCUUCUCCGAGAGAUUGCGAGAUUUCCCGGGGAAUUCCGUAACUUUCCCGGAGUUUCCUCUCAUUUUCUGGUAAAAUCGUGAUACCCAGAUACCAAAAAGAAUCGAGAAUCCAUGGCUCCACCGGAAAUCGAGCACGCGAUGGCGGAAUCGCCAGCUUCGUUGGUUUCGCCGAGAACCGACGAGUCUGAUCGUCGUUUCGCCAAUUUGAGGGGCGUGCGGUGGCGCGUGAAUCUCGGCGUUCUUCCAUCUGCGGCUUCUUCAAUCGAUGAUUUUCGCAGAGUCACAGCCGAUUCUCGCCGAAGAUAUGCAUAUUUAAGGAGACGGAUUUUGAUAGAUCCACACGUAUCCAAGGACGGAAAUAAUUCUCCAGAUCUCUCCAUUGACAAUCCCUUGUCACAAAACCCAGAUAGUACAUGGGGCCGUUUCUUCCGUAAUGCGGAGUUGGAAAAAACUGUUGAUCAAGACUUGUCGAGGUUAUAUCCGGAGCACGGGAGCUAUUUUCAGGCUCCUGGGUUUCAAGGCAUGUUAAGACGGAUUCUUUUGUUGUGGUGCCUUAAACAUCCAGAGCAUGGGUAUAAACAAGGAAUGCAUGAGCUUUUGGCUCCCCUGCUGUAUGUCCUUCAUGUUGAUGUUGAGCGUCUUUCUGAAGUGCGUAAAAAUUAUGAAGAUCACUUCACUGACAGAUUCGAUGGCCUAUCUUUCGAGGAGAACGAUGUCACUUACAAUUUUGAUUUCAAAAAGUUUCUGGACUCCAUUGAUGAUGAGAUUGGUUCUCAGGGAAGGUCAAAGAAAAUCAAGAGUCUAGAUGAACUUGAUCCUGAAAUCCAGUCUAUUGUGAUGUUGAGUGAUGCCUAUGGGGCAGAAGGUGAACUUGGCGUUGUCUUAUCUGAAAAAUUCAUGGAGCAUGAUGCUUACUGCAUGUUCGAUGCUCUCAUGAAUGGAUCACAUGGUUGUGUUGCCAUUUCUGAUUUCUUUGCUUAUUCACCAGCCAGAGGAUCCCACACAGGGUUGCCUCCUGUUCUUGAAGCAUGUGCUGGGUUCUAUCAUCUAUUAUCGGUUGUGGAUUCAUCUCUGCAUAGCCAUCUGGUUGAACUCGGAGUUGAACCGCAGUACUUUGGGCUUCGUUGGUUGCGGGUUUUGUUUGGACGGGAAUUUUCACUUCAGGAUCUCUUGGUAGUUUGGGACGAGGUUUUCUCAGCGGAUAAUAAUGGCAGCCCGGAUGACAAUGGUGCAGAUACCAUAAACCACACCUUUAAGAUCUUUGAUUCUCCUCGGGGAGCCCUCAUCUCGGGCAUGGCUGUUUCAAUGAUAUUAUAUUUAAGGUCUUCUUUGCUUGCUACCGAGAAUGCAACGUCCUGUCUUCAGAAACUACUGAACUUCCCGGAGAACAUUGAUCUCAACAAGAUUAUCGAGAAGGCUAAGUCAUUACAGGCUUUGGCUUUGGAUGCUGAUGUGCGGUCAGCUCUGUCAGUAAAUGGUGUUUUUGACCUGAGCGGUCCUGUGCCUGCAAGAGCUAAUAGUUUAACUUCUGAUUCGGUUUCUCCUAAAUCUCCUCUGAUUAUUGCACCAAAAAGCUACUGGGAGGAGAAAUGGAGAGUUCUGCACAAAGCAGAAGAGGAAGAAGAGCAAAGGCAGAGUGAUUCAAGGAAACAAAGCCCAACACAGAAGAAAAGAAUAUGGUCAAAAGUGAAGAAGCUUUUGAGAACGGAGACUGACUCGCCACCAAGCAAGACUGAGAAUGGAAAAAGGAAAGUCAAUUCACCAUCAGUGAGGCGAAGCUUGCUUGAAGAUUUGUCUCGGCAGCUUGAUUCAGACCCUGAGGAUGCUAACGAGAGGGAUAAGCCAGUAGAUUACGAGGAUACUCUGGUUUUGAGCAGAGAAGAUAGCCCUCCUCUUGAAACUGAGGGUAGUAGUAAUAUGGGUUUCCAUUCUGCAGGAGAAGAGAGUAUUGCAAGUGGGCAUGCACCCAGUGAGGAGAAUUCAUCAAUCUUUUCUGAUCCAACUAGCCCUCUCAGAGAUUCAAACUACAACGAAAAUGAUUCAGAGAGCAGUACUGCGUCAAACUUUUCUCCUGAGGAAAUCGAAGAUAGUCAACGAGCAAGUGUGGAUUCACCUCUUCCCGUUUCUAGUCACCCUAACAACAACGAGUCUCCGGAAAUUCAGUCUAUCGUUCAUGAGACCAGUGAGAAAUCUGCUAGCAUUACAAAGGAACGGAAGCUUCUACCAGGAAAGUUCCAGUGGUUCUGGAAGUUUGGACGCAAUCUUGCUGGCGAGGAGAGUUCAGAUAGGAAUGGGUUUGAUGCUACGAGCUCCAAAGUUAUCGGAACUAGUAAGAGCGAUGUGGGGUUAGCUGCUUCUGGGUCCAUUUCUCCUCAGGCUUCAUCUUCUGACAUGAGUGGCAACAAAGGAGAAACCGAUCAGAAUGUGAUGAAUACUUUAAGGAACCUCGGCCAUUCCAUGCUUGAGCACAUUCAGGUAAUCGAGUCGGUUUUCCAGCAAGAAAGAGGCCAGACAGGGUUGAUGGAGAAUUUAACUAAGACCAAUCUGGUCGGAAAGGGACAAGUCACCGCCCUUACAGCACUCAAGGAGCUUCGGAAGAUCAGUAAUCUUUUGUCAGAGAUGUGAAUUCUGCAUCACCAAUUUUCUUGAUUCACCUGUAUAUACAUUUUGUAAAGUAUUUGUUUUUUUUUAGAAAAACUCAGAAUAAAAGAGUUAAGAUAUCUGUUCAGCU